GUACCAUCAGAUUGCAAUCUGGCACGAGCAUCAACACAAAACCGCAUUUCAGACCAGGUACGGUCUGUACGAGUUUGUGGUGAUGGCCUUUGCAAUGCUCCUCGCACCUUUCAGCACGCUAUGAAUCGGAUAUUCCAUGACUACUUGGAUAAGUUUGUCGUCGUGUACCUCGAUGACAUACUUAUUUUUAGUAAGACUGUCGAGGAGCACAUAGCACACUUAGACAAAGUUCUCAGACUCCUGCGACAACACAAGUUCAAGAUCAACGGUGAAAAGUGCGAGUUUGGCCGCACCCGUAUCUUGUACUUGGGUCAUGAGAUCUCCGCGGAAGGGUUAAAGCCCGAUGACGCGAAGGUGGCCAGCAUUCGCGAUUGGCCACGUCCUCUGUCUGUGACUGAGAUGAGAUCUUUCUUAGGAAUGACAGGCUAUUAUAGAACUUUCGUGAAGAACUAUAGCAUAGYGGCCGCUCCUUUGACUGAUCUGACCCGCCUUGACACCCCAUGGGAGUGGACAGAUAAGUGCGAGGCUGCUUUCAGACAUCUGAAGCAUGCAUUAACGCACUAUGAAGUCUUGAAACUUCCUGAUCCUGACAAGCCGUUCAUAGUCACCACGGAUSCCAGCCAAUACGGCAYUGGCGCCRUGCUCRCGCAGCAGGAGGGGCCAAAGUUGAGGCCAGUUGAGUACAUGUCUAAGAAAAUGCCAUCUCAGAAGUUGGCUAAGUCCACUUAUGAGAAGGAACUCUAUGCGGUGUACAAGGCUCUCACCCAUUGGAGACACUAUCUCCUUGGGAGGUUCUUCAUCCUCAGAACUGAUCAUCAGACCCUGAAAUGGAUGAGAACCCAGCCGGUACUCUCUGACGCUCUCAAGCGUUGGAUCGAAGUUAUUGAGCAAUAUGACUUUGACCCUCAGUAUCUAAAAGGGGAGUAUAACAAGGUUGCUGACGCCCUGUCGCGCAGACCAAACUUCUCAGGUGCGUUGAUUACUGAGUUCAGUCUCACGGACAACGUUACUCAAUCUUUGGUGGAAGCCUAUCGCGAGGACCAGUUUAUGUCUGAGAUCAUACGCAGACUUGAGGCGAAGGACAAGAAGACGUCCGCCGAGUUUGAGUURGUYAAUGGCUUGYUGUUCCUUGAGAAGGCAGGGAAUAAACGAUUGUGUGUUCCCAAUAGUGAGUCUUUGCGUAGUUUGUUUCUAGGUGAGUGUCAUGAUGCCACCGGUCAUUUCGGGUAUAAGAAGACCGCAGCCAACAUGCUGCAGCGAUUCUGGUGGCCCACGAUGAUGCGAGAUGCACAACUGUACGUGGAGACUUGUCAAGUUUGUCAACGGGACAAGCCCCGUAUUCAGGCUCCUCUUGAGUUGCUCAAGCCCCUUCCGAUUCCGGAAAGGCCAGGUGAAAGCUUGUCCAUGGACUUCAUGGAUACGCUGGUCACCAUCAAGAGUGGGAUGAGGCAGAUCUUCAUCAUCGUGGAUAGCCAUGCCGGAAACAGCGAAGACCAAGUAUGUAAUCAGGCUGUUCAAAGAGAACUGGGUGAGGGAUUGCCUAAGUCUAUUGUAAGUGACAGGGAUGUCAGAUUUACAAGUGAAUUAUGGAAGGCCGCUGCAGUUGAACAAGGAACUCAACUGCAAAUGAAUUAUGGAAACCAUCCAGAAGCAAACGGCAAGGCUGAACAGAUGAACUGCGUUGUUCAACACCUGUUGAGGCAUUACAUUAAGCCCAACCAGGUGGAUUGGGACGAGAAGCUUGCUCUUGUCGCCAGUCUGUACAAUAACGCUGUACACAGCGCAACCGGGGUAAGUCCUAACAGUCUACAUCUUACCUUUAGGCCUAGACUGCCUUUAGACUUCCUACUUCCUGAUAACCAGCCAACUGUUACACCAGGCACUUUGGAGUUCGCUUAUCGUUACGAACAAAAAAUGCAGGAGGCCGUAGAGCACAUGCAGAAGGCGCACGCAGCAAUGAUAGAAUCUGAGAAUAAACACCGCCUCCCUUUUACAUUUCAGGUUGGGGACAGAGUCUGGGUCAAGUCUUCAGAACUGGGACAGGAGUUUGGGAUAUCCCGCAAACUCAUGCCUCAGUACUUUGGACCUUGGGAAGUUUUAGACGUAGUAAGGACAGAUCCUGAUGGCCCAUCUUAUGUCAUCCGUAUCCCUGGUCAUCUCAGAACUCACCCAGUCUUUCACGCCUCUAAGCUCGCUGCAUUCGAGGAAACUGAUCAGUUUCCCUCUCGUCGGUCAAUGCUGCCCCCAACCAUGGACGGAGAAGUCGACAUCGAUGAUAUCGUCGACCAUAGGGAGAUGCCCGUUCAGAAGCCUCCAGGAAGGGGACGUCCUCCAAAGCCAAAGCUGCAGUUUCGUCUCCACUUCAGACAUCACACAGAUCUGAAGGAGGACCGCUGGUUUACUAGGGAGGAAUUGAUGCAGACCGCUCCUCAAGUCGUUGCACGCUAUGAGAAGGAUGUAUUGAAAGGAAAGCGCCAGAUGGCUCAGGAUUGAUCUUCUCAGAGGACUAACGAAGAUAUGGAGGUGGGAAUGCGAGGCUACGCCCGCUCAGCCCCCUCGGGGCCCUUUUUGCAGU